AUGUUGGCAGCGACCGAUGAACAACAGGACUCUCAUGAACAGAGCCUUCCGAACGAAAAUGUGAAACCUGUCAACUCCCAGAAAACAAACAACAACAAGCCAAUCAUUCAGUUCCUGCCUUUGGAUGCCGGCAAGCGACCUGCUGUCACCUCUAAUGAACUGCAACAUGAGGUUGAGGUUGAUGAUUUCAGUACAAAGCCAUUCUACUGGAAGGCCAAACACAUUGGACUCGAACUUUAUCCGAAUAUCAAUCAGAUCAAGAAUCACUAUGUCCGGAGGCCAAGACCUGAGGAAUUGCAAGCGGCCUCCGAUGUUGUUACUGGACCGGGGUGGAAGCUUUUUGACAGGGGUCUGAAUAUCCUGUUUGACGGCAAUAAAAAGGAUGGGCGGAUCAUUGCAGUCAUCGAAUUCAUUAAGUGGGACGACUUGGAUGACAAGACCAAAGACGAAAUUAACUUGGUUUCGACUUUCCUGCACGAUUCAACUCGAUUUGUCCAUGACAUCAAGUCUCAAUGCUGGGGGGGAAACAUGUGGGCCAUUGGCUGGCGUAAGGCUAUGGUAAAAGCGGAAAUUAUUGGACGAUACAUCAAACAGGCGGCGGUGAAUUUGGCACCUGAAAUGUUUGAUGAAUUGUUCAAGUCCUCCGCUAGCGUAGCCAGAACCCUGGGGAAUAUGUUCCAGAAGAUGGGGAGUAUCCCAUUCAAAAACAAUCAAGAAAUCAUGCGCAGUAACGGCAUUCCAGAUUUUGCGGAUCUCAGCUUCACCGACAGAAACACAAAGCUGGCCGGGUCUCCUCACAUCACGUACACCACUAAUGGAUUCUACAACUCACCCCAUGAGGACAAAAAAGACAAGUCGGACUUUGCCUUUGCCCUAUUUGUUCCAACCUUCAAAGAAACUGGCCAAUUGGCCAGUCCUUCUGACGGACCACUGGGAUUGUUAGAAUUAUCUGGAGGGCUAAGGAUUACAAACACUGCACCCUUCCACAUCCAGAAGAUUCUGUUUUUACCCGCUUAG